UACCAUGUCCUUGCAUUUCCCCACUUCCUUGUCCUUUGCGCGUUCACUGCGCGUACGUACUCCGGUAUAUGGAUGCAGACGGCUUGGACUGUUUCGAGGGAAGUCGACGGUUAAACAGCAUUUCCGUCCGUUUUCUGUGUACACAGCACUUCGCUCUGAUCGGGAUAAUAAGCCAAACUCCACCCGACUUGAAGAGAGACGCAGCAAACCUAUUCGCGAGAACGUAUACACAUGGCCGAAUCUCUUGACGAUGUCUCGCAUCGCUGCCUGUCCCGUCUUAGGCUAUGCCAUCGUUAAAGGCGACUUCUACAUCGCGACGUCCCUGCUCGUGUAUGCCGGGUUAACGGACUUCGUAGAUGGGUUCCUUGCUCGACGGUAUAACAUGCGUUCCGUCCUGGGCACCAUCCUCGAUCCCGCCGCAGACAAGACGCUGAUGACUACACUCACCAUCACUUUGGCGGUCAAGGGAAUGCUCCCUGUCCCACUUGCCGUGAUCAUCCUAGGUCGAGACGUCGCGCUGUCUCUAUCCGCCUUCUACAUCCGCUAUACGUCUCUUCCCGCACCUAAAACAUGGGCUCGCUACUGGGACUUCUCCCUGCCGUCUGCAGAAGUGCGACCCACUGAAAUAAGCAAGGUCAAUACUGCUCUUCAACUGGUCUUGAUGGGGACUACCACGAUUUCACCGCUUCUGCCUACGGAUAUUUCGUUACCUUUGCAGGGACUACAAUGGAUCGUCGCAGCCACGACGAUAUGGUCGGGUCUCUCCUACGUCUUUUCUAAAGACGCUGUAAGGAUCAUCGCACAACACAGAGUGCGUCGCAAAGGGCCUUCUGAUGGUGGACCGCAGAAAUGA